CAAGGUAGAAAAUGUUCUCUCUGGUGUUGCAGAAGUUACAGGUAAGGUUGCAAACAACUGUAACAAUAAUUUAAUGUUAGGUACAAGGUCAGUACAAUGGGACAUUGAUUCAAUAGCUGAAACAGGCCUUGAGAUGUUGUUCGUUUUCCAUUGUUGUCUCCAUAAAGAUAACUCAGCUUUGAAUGUAGAAUUCAUAUGAAUAGAUAAAUCAUGGCUAUAUAUUUUGGCAGCUUAUAAAAUAGUUUCCUCGUCAUACACAUCAAAAUGACUUGGAAUCAAACCUUCGAGAGGGAUAAUACUAGAAAAUCUAUUAUCAAACCGUGUAUCCAUUGAUUUAUUACCAUGACAUCGGAUUAUGCUCUUGAUAAGUCUUGUUGUUUAGAUCUUAAAGCAACAAUAAGUUGUAAUGUAAAUUCAAGGCUAAGCACCACGACAUCAAAAGCCACUAGAAAUUCACCUUUAGUUAUAGAAUUUAAGUACAAUAAUGCUUUAAUUGACGUUUUAAUGUUUGUAUCAUGUUGUAAUUCUUCAAGUGCAUUAAGUAAUAAAACAUAUAAUUCAUUAAAUGUCAUCAAGGAAUCAUGGCUUCCAACCCAACGCGUACUACGCGACACUACUCAUCAGACAUCAGUCAUCACGAAACACAAAAAAUUAAUAUAGUAACAGUAACCGGUAUAUUUGAUAUAAAUUAUCAUUAAUUGUUAAUGUAAAUUUUCACUUGUUGUUUGUUUCUAGAAAUUCAUUGGUACAAACCGGUGUGUUUAAAAUAAAUCAGUGUGAAUCGGAGAAAUUUUUUCGGACAUACCGGUAUGCAAAAAAUUGACACUAAUCCUAUUAUUUCGGACCAUAUCGACGAUAUUAUAUUUUUGACAAAGCAACACUAUCGACUGAACUCCGCUUAGAAUCAUUUUUUUUGCUAGCGAUGGUUUAUCGUUGUUUACAGAUAUAUUUUUAAUUUCCCCUCUACUAACUUCCCAACUUUUCACCUACAACAGUGGCUCACCCACGUGUGAAGUAUGUCCGUCUUUUUUAAAGAUAAAACUUAAUUAACUAUAAAUGUACAAUUUUUUUUUUUCAGGUUGUUUAAGUAAGUAUAACGUAUACUUAUUUAACUUAAGUUAUCUUAUAAACAAAAAUAACUAAGCUAAGCUGAAAUUAACAUUAUAAUAGGUAUAAAUGAAUGAGCAAUUUAAUUGAGUUGCAUUUUUUCAGUCUAUAUUAAGACCAAAUAUUUGGACUUUAAUGCCGGUGUAUCAGUGUUUUAUUACCUCAGUAGGUACAAAUCGCCUGUAGGAAAAAAUCGACUAUAGUAACAGGCGAUUUGUACCCCACUUGUAUUAUUAUCUCGGUGGGUAUAAAUCGUCGCCAAAGGUAGGUAAUAAUAGAAAAUAAUAUAGCCAAAUAUAAAUUAUCUAUCAUUGGGUCACAAAAAUCAUAUUUUAUUUUAAAAUACCUAUGCAAUUAUUAAUUAAACAUGCGACUAAUACCUAUACAAAUUGGAAAUCUGAAAUACAUUGUUUAAUUUUAGAAGUUUAUUUUUAGACGAUUGAAUGAGCGCCAUCGCCUGUGAACGCGGGACGAAUUGUUAAAAAUGGUUCGGUUGAUUGCUUUACUUGAAAAAGUAAUAUUAAGUUAUAUUUGACUUUGUUUUUAUAUUAUUCUGUAGGUAUAUACAGAAAGUAAGGGAAAUAUUGUUUAACAUUUUAUUAACACGCAUAAUUAAAAAAAAAAAUAGUGAAACACCAACUUUAAAAUAAUGAAUACAAUUAUUUAUAUUCAAUGAAUUAUAAUGUAACACGAAUCUUUACAUAUUUUUGGCGAUUCAUUCCCACCGAAGUAAUAAUUACGGUGGUUAUAAAUCAUCUGUUAUACCGGUCUUGUGUUUUAAUGAUGAAAUUCACGUAAAAUAAGUAAUUUCGUUGAAAAAUAAAUACAAAAAUCAUAGUUUAUGCUUAUGGCCUAUAUGUUUAUUACACAGAAAUGUGAAAAUAACUUAUUAGAAAUAAAUAAAGUUUUCAUAAUUUGUUUUUAAUAAUGUUGUCUCAGAUAAGAAGCGAUGGCUUCAUUAGAUUUUAUCAUUCCCUGCAGGUACUUAAAUUCGACAGGGGACCCACAGUUAUAUACGAUUCCUAGUUGGGAAUAAAAAUUCUUGAAUGAGUUCAAUGAUUGAUUGCACAUAUUAUUUAUAUGUACCUACAAUAUAAAUACUAUUGGUAUUAAUUAAUAGAAUGAAUUAUGAAAAAUUAUUUUAACAGGUGAAUUAAUUGAAUUAGGAUAUACUGGUGGUAAGCUGUUAAAUUACCUGUAUGGAAAAUAAUAAUUUUAAAUUAUGAUAUUAUUUACUAAAUCAGUGUCCAAAUAGGAAUGCUGUAAUAUGAUAUAAUAUUUCUUUUAAGCUUUUUAGUUGUUAUAUAUUAUACUUGUUAAUGUUAACGAUUUAUUUAUUUUAAAUUUGUUCUAUUUUUGUUCUGUACCAGAAAUCUUGCUCCGAGUUACAAGAGCAUCUUUCUGACAGAAAAUUUAGUCUAGUAAAUAAAUUGUUGUCUAAGUAAUUUAUGUAUGCCAUUGUUUUUUUAACCAACGAUCAUGUCCUAUGAAACAUAGACAUAAACAUACUAUACGACGUAAAAAAAAUAAUAACGCGCCAUUAUUUAUUUUUAGAGGAUAUUGAACAAGAUCAUAUUACUGCUAAAACUCUUACCUGUAAGUUUCAAAAGCUUUAUAAUCCCUGAAAUCUAUUCAAGAAUAGAUACUCAUACCUACCUACCUAAUACAUAUCAUUAUAUUAUACUAAGUAUUAUUAUUUACGUAAUUAUAGUGUCAAUACAGCAACAUGUACAUCCACCUCGUGAGUUAGUUGUUAUUGAGUUUCUUAGUAUCUAGAAGAGAAUAUAUAAAUAUAUUCUUCUUAUCUCUAUGUUCAUUUAAUAUGUUGUCUACAUUUAGGUAUGUAAUAAACCGAAAGUUAAUCCUAAUUUUAUAAGAAAUUAUCAAUACUACAACUUAAAAAUUACCUAAUAAUAAUAUUAUUAUGACAUUAAUGAAAUAAUUAUGGGUAUUCAUAAUGCGACAUGAAGACAUUUAAUAAUAAUAUAAUAUUUUGAGUAAAUCAAGAAUAAAUGAUUGAAACGUUAAUUGAAAGCUUUUAAACAAUUUCAUUACAUUUUUUCAUUGGAAAUAGUCAAAAUUAAUUUUGUUGAAACUUGAAAGUGUAAAUAUUUCAUUUUUCCCGAUAAACCUAAUGAUAGUGUUUGUUACGUGGGAAUAAAUUAAUAAUGAAAUUUUUGAUGUUGGGCAACAAAGAUUUUUAAAACAUGACUAAUUUAUUGUUGUUGUGAUGAAUAUGUUUGUGCGAAAUGAUAAAAACAACAAUUUUGGGCCGUUUUCAUAUGGUAUUUUUUUGUUUUUAUUGAAAACUCCAUUAUUGUCGCAUACAAAGAACUGCGAUGCCAACUUCCGUCACUAUGUAUUCUAUACAUAUUAAUUUUGAUUUUGACCGGUAUUUUCCAACAAAAUUUUCCACCUCCAACGGAUUUAACUUAUAAAUACAAUUUUCUAACACUACAAAAAUGAUCAAUAAAAAGUAACUCAUUUUUUUAUAACACGUACGACUUUAUUUAAAAGAAAUUUUGUAUGAAUCAAUUUUGUGGUGUUAAGAAAUUUAAUUUAAUAAUUUAGAACCAUUAGUGAGGAAACUUAAAUUCUUCUAUCAUUUUUGCUUUUUUAAAUGUUUGUAAAUGCUUUUUUUCAGCGAUGUUUUUGACGUUUUAAAGUGCCUUUUUGUAGAUUACCUAUAAGAGAAUAUAAUUUGGGUCUCUAAUUAUCAUAACAAUAUCGUUUUUUUAAGAAACUUCAUAACUACAAUAUAAUAUUUUUAUAUUAAUAUUAAUAAAUGUUUAUUAACUAUAUAGCGCUUCCAGCUGGUAAACCUCCUAAACCGCCUAAACCUCCUAAAGGUCAUGUUAAAAUACCUCCAGCUCCAAAAGUUCCUCAAGGUGAGUAUUUUUCUUACAAAGAAUCAAUUAUUUUCGAUUUUAUAUUAUAAGUGGGAACAAUAAUUUUUCCACGUAUUUCCAACUUAGUAGGUUUGAAAGUUAAUAAAUUAAUUCAACUUAUCAUAUAAGUAAUUUAAAAGUUUUUAUUUGAAAGUAAAUGUCUAAUGGAGCUUUUGGUUACUCCUUUAACUGAUAUAUAUAUAUUAUAAUAGGUUAAUUUAAUUUAUUUUAUGAAAUCAAAGGUAAAUGAUUGUAACUAAAAAACAAUUUUGAGCGGAAUCGUAAUAGGAAUUUAAGUCAUGUUUUCCUUUAUAAUCCAAGAUAAUCGAGAAAUCAACAAAAAUUGAACUGAUGUACCGACUUUUGUUGUUAGUUUAUAACAUUUUAUAGAAAAAUCGUUGAUAAUCAAAAAUGUGUUCAAAUAAAAUAAGUGUUACCAUUUAAAAUAUCCAUAUCUUUUAAGGUGCGAUCUGAAUAAUUUAUCCAAAUUAUUCAGAAUUUUCAAAAAAACGUUUAACAAAAUAAGUACUUUCUCUAGUACUAAAAAUCCGUGUAUUUUAAGGACGGGCCUAAUAAUAAGAAGAAAACGUCAAGCAAUGAGGAGGUCAUUUUUCGAUUUUCUUUAUAUUUUUCUUAAUAAUAGGAAAAUGUUGAAGAAUGUCUGAAAAACCAGAAUAUUUAUGCAAUAACGGUUUCCAUAAAUUGUGAUCUCGAUUAUAAAUAAAGCUUUACCAAUUUCAUGAUGAUUUUAAUGAUAAAAAAACAAAAACAGAAAUCAAACUCACUUAAAAUCCUCCGAGAAAAUUGAUGGUUCAUAAUAAAAAAAAAUUACCUAGUAAACAGUACCACAUUUUUGAAUGUACAGUUAUAUAAGUAUUAUAAUAUAGAACAUUUUUUAUUAUUUACUUACUAUUUAGCUCCAAGACUAAUGUAUGAAAUUGGAAGUGAGUAAAAAAAUCAGUUUAAUUAUUUUUUUUUUAACAAUAAGAUUAAGUAUUAAAUUGAAAAUGAUCGGUAACUAACAUUUGAUAUCUUAAAUAUAAAAGACCAGAUCCGUAUGAUGUCUGACACUUUUUGUUUAUAAUUAGAACAUCAAUUUUGGCAUUUAUGUUAAAAUUGGUAUUUUAACACAAAUUAUAAAAUUUAAAGGAGAUACUAUUGUACCUACAUGUAGAUUUUUUUCUAAAAGAAAAAUUGUUAUUCAACAAAGUUACACUUAUGUUAGUUUUUGCAUUUUUUAAAUAGUUGCAAUUUUUAAAAAUGUUAUUUGUGAUUAAACUACAUUUUCAAUCGAAACGAAACAAUUUAUGAUCCAAGUAACGUAAUUUCCCUAUUUUUGUCUUAUCAGCUAAAGUAAGGCAGAAAAAUCACAUUCGGUUAUGAUAACUCUUAAUCAACAAAUUAUAGACAUAUCAGUCCGGGCUCACGUUCCAUUUAUUUUUGUAAUAAUUACAACAGCGGUGUAACUUUAUGUCAUAGUACACCCUGUUCCCUCAAUAAUUAUAAACGUAUAUCAAGGGCGACUUGAGGAUGACUGCGCAUACUCCGAGCAGUGGCGUAUUUAGGAUUUUUUUGUAGGGGGCGGAUGACAAGAAUUUUAGCGUACGAAGCCUUAUAUUAUAUAUUAUAAUAUAAUUAUAUAAUUAUACAUACAUAUAUUCAAAGAGUCAAGGUUGUCGAGAAUCAACGUGAGGAAUUGUUUGUAGUUACUAAUACUAAACCCAAAAACUCUUCAUACUAUCGGAUCCAUUCAAAAUCAAAACCAAUAUAAAUUAUAAAUCCUUAACAUUGUAAUUGUUAAAGUAAAACCCGUUUCAAUCGACUUGGGAUAGUUCUUGUUAUGUAGUUAUACUUACAGUGUACAAGCCGGACAUUUUUACCGCCAGACAUAUUUUCUUUCGACAUUUUUACCUAUAACCACUAAUAUAAUAGAUAGAUAAAUAGAUAGAAUAGAUUUUUUGAAAAUAUGACACGUAAAAAUAAUCGUUACAAUAAGGUAUAAUACAUUUUUUAGGUACGAAUAUCUAUUAUAUAAUAAUAUUUUUGACAACCUUUAGGUUUUUCUCAUAGAUACUCAUUUUACUUAAUUGGGUUUACAAGUAAGUAUAAGUAGGAAAUUCGUUUUAUUUUAAACAGUUUACUUAUUAUAUGCCUAGUACAAUAAUCGUUAAUAAUAUAUUAUUAGGGCUGGAUUUAAGGUUGUAGGGUUACUAGGGCCCAUAUCAGAAAAAAAGACUGGUAAAUUUAAAUUUUGUACAAAUUAACAUAAAAAUAUGUGGAGAAACUCACUUCUUAAUAGUGAAUAAGUAUCUAUUUCGUUGGGCCCACCUUGUAUAUUGCGCAUUUUAUGAGCCUCUGGACCUGGGUUCUUUGAUCUUCCUGAAUCCGGCUCUGUAUAUUAUAUUUUUUACAUAGAAAAUAGUUUUGAUCAUGUUAUGUACAACAUUAUUUUAACUACGGGUCAAAUUUCUUGUCAAUUUUACAAUAAAUCAUAAUUUGAAGUUGGGUAUUACAAUAUUUAAAUAAAUAUAAUGCGAUGAAAUAAGAGUAUAUUAAAUGUUAAAGUUUUCACGAAUAUUGAUAUACGAAGUCUGUUUAGUUUUCGUCGAAAUUACUAAUUAUUGGUAAAUCUAUUGGAAAUUGAAAAACAAAAACUUUUUAAACGAUUAAAACUAUUACUUUUAUUUAAAUAUGUGCAGUUUAGUUGUUUAUGAACUUCGACAGGAGUGAUUACACUACCAAUCUAUUUCAAGGUACCACUUAAACCAUCCGACUAAAACGCAAUUUUAAUGAAUUUUUUAAACAAACCAAAAUUGCUGAACUCUAAAAUAUUCAAGUGUACUUUCAUAUAAAUUUAAAAAUGGCUGUUGGUCCACAUUACAUUAUUUACAUAAGUACGUAUAAAUUAUUGUGUUAUCGUGAAAUUUAUUCAAAUCAUGUCCACGUCAAUUAAAACAAGUGUCCCCCAUUCAAAGUGAUUUUAAAAAUUUAUCUUAUUGUAAAAAUUAAAGGCAACAAUCCGGAAUAUAUAUGACAUACUGAUUAAAUCAGACGAUUGCUUGAAAGUUUUACGUUCAAAAAACGCUCACGCAGACGUAUCUAAAGAAAAUAUUUAUUAUAUUUUAUUUUAUUAUAGGUAGAAUGGAUAUGCCAGGAGCGCCUUCAGAAGCCCCAAGCGGCCAUACUAAAGAAAUGACUCCGCAAGAAUUUUGUCUUGAAAGUAAAUAA